UUGAAGCCGGAAACUGGCGUGGGUUUAUUUAAAGCGGCAUUCGGUGGUUGGGAAUUGGCUGGAGAAGAAAAAGAAACAGGUUUGGAGCGUCACAGUUAUCCGGAAAAAGAUUUCUAGCGGUCUCGUCAGAUUUCACAAUCUUGCCCCGAUUUUUUUUUAAAAAAGGCAAACGCGGACAGGAUUGUGAAAUGUUGGCGAGACUGAUCCUUGCUGUCCUGGUAAUCUGGGUCGCCCGGGUAACGGGUGACUGUGUCAAGCCUCCGCAACUGGAUAAUGGUGCUCUAUCUGACCAAGACCUUCUUCGGACCUCAUUUCCUGUCAAAACCAGCGUCACUUACAAAUGUCUCCCAGGUUAUACGUUUGCGGAAGGAUCUUCAAGAUCCAUUACUUGUCGGGCAGAUUCGACCUGGUCUCCAUUACGGGCCAGAUGUGAACCAAGAAACUGUGGUAAUCCAGGAGAGAUUCUGAAUGGGUAUUACGAGGCAGAUGCUACCACUUUUGGGAAUAAAGUUGUGUUUUAUUGUGACAAUGGUUACCAGAUUGUUGGUAGAAACUACCGCGUGUGUGAGGCUAGCGGGUGGUCUGGCCAGGUCCCAACAUGUGAAAUUGUCACAUGUGAUGAUCCUCCACCUAUCAGUAAUGGCAAAGCUACAAGACCAUUCAGUAGCGAAAUAUGGACAUACGGGAUGAUGGCAGAAUAUUCGUGUAACGAUGACUACUCGUUAAUUGGCACAAGAAGCCUUACCUGCCAGGGAGAUGGCACGUGGGACAACAAGCCACCUGAGUGUAAAGCUGUUGAAUGUCCCCGCCCUGCCACACCUGAGAAUGGCUACAUUGAAAGUGGAUUUGGACAGCGCAAGUACAAAUAUCAGGACGAGGUAGUCUUUCGCUGCCGUGAAGGUUUUGAAAUGGUUGGUGAGAGUAUCAUUAAAUGCAGUGAGGACAACAUCUUUGUGCCGUCGCCACCUACUUGCAAGCCACGUGACUGUGUCAAGCCUCCACAGCUGGAUAAUGGUGCUCUAUCUGACCAAGACCUCCUUCGCACCUCAUUUUCUGUCGGAACCUCCGUCACUUAUAAAUGUCUCCCAGGUUAUACGUUUGUAGAAGGAUCUUCAAGAUCCAUUACUUGUCAGGCAGAUUCAACCUGGUCUCCAUUACGGGCCAGAUGUGAACCAAGAAACUGUGGUAAUCCAGGAGAGAUUCUGAAUGGGUAUUACGAGGCAGAUGCUACCACUUUUGGGAAUAAAGUUGUGUUUUAUUGUGACAAUGGUUACCAGAUUGUUGGUAGAAACUACCGCGUGUGUGAGGCUAGCGGGUGGUCUGGCCAGGUCCCAACAUGUGAAAUUGUCACAUGUGAUGAUCCUCCACCUAUCAGUAAUGGCAAAGCUACAAGACCAUUCAGUAGCGAAAUAUGGACAUACGGGAUGAUGGCAGAAUAUUCGUGUAACGAUGACUACUCGUUAAUUGGCACAAGAAGCCUUACCUGCCAGGGAGAUGGCACGUGGGACAACAAGCCACCUGAGUGUAAAGCUGUUGAAUGUCCCCGCCCUGCCACACCUGAGAAUGGCUACAUUGAAAGCGGAUUUGGACAGCGCAAGUACAAAUAUCAGGACGAGGUAGUCUUCCGCUGCCGUGAAGGUUUUGAAAUGGUUGGUGAGAGUAUCAUUAAAUGCGGUGAGGACAACAUCUUUCUGCCAUCGCCACCUACUUGCAAACCACUACCUACUCCUGCAACAAUUGGUGGUUCAGACAUUGGUUCAACAGCUGUUACAACUACUGUUGCUACUGAUGUGCCAAAAUCUAAAGGUCUAAGUACAGGAGCAACUGUUGGAAUUAUUUUGGCUGUUUGUUGCCCUCUUAUCUUGGGUGUACUAAUUUGGUUUUACUGUAAGAAGAAAAAAGAAAGAAAAUAUACCUCGCCUAAGGACGUUGUCAUGAUUGCUCAAUCUGAACAAGUAGAAGUGAAGCCCAAUUGUGCUGACCACUAAUUAAAACUUACAAAUAGAAAGAGGCUGCCAGACGUAAUGUGUAUCCCUUUUUGACCUUCUUCUAGAUGUGCCACAUUGAAGACCUUCUUAAAUUAAUUAUCUGCUACUAUUUCUCCUCCCUCCCCCCUCCCCAAACCAGGCCAAUAUGAAUGUUCCAUCACAUGGAGUGUGUCUACUUCUGCCUUUUCUUAAUUUCCUUAACCUUGUCCAUGGAGCAGCUGGACCUGAGAACCCUUCAUGGAAUGAUGUACGGUCUACAGCUGACACUGUUCUCACACAAAAAAAUGUUUGCACUGAAUUACUCUUGUUUCUUUGCUUCAAUGCAAGCGUUAGCUGACGAGCAUUAGAUGAGCAGUGUGGUCACACAACAACAAUAUGAAUGGAAAAGCAUUAGAUGAGCAGUGUGGUCACACAACAACAAUAUGAAUGGAACCAUAUCUUCCAUGCUUCAAAAAAAACUGUCCCACAAUUUUCCCCUCAAUGAGCCAAAGUUUACUGAAUUUUCUUCCUAUUAGAAUCACUUUUUAAAUUUUCUUUAUGCUGCACUUUUGGUUAAAGCCUUUGCUGAUUCAGACUUUUUAAAGAAGCUAAUGGAGUUAAUACUAAUGUUGAAAAAUGUUUGCUUGAUGUAUAAGAGUUGUAUUUGAGUACUUCUGUUAUUGUAUAUUGCUUAAAUUAUUUUAUGAUGUGGAGGUGCCAGUGUUGUAUUAGGGUAGACAAGGUCAGAAGUCAUAUGACACCAGAUUAUAGUCCAGCAGGUUUGUGUGAAAUCUCAAGCUUUUGGAGCAAUUCAGGCUUGUUAGACUAUAAUCUGGUGCCGUGUGACUUCUGACCUUUAAUGUUUUUUCGCACAUGAAGCAAUCCACAAUGUUAAAUCUAAUUAGUAUCUUUGUUACAGUAGUAUUUAAAUACAGGAUUUCUCAUCGUUCUUCCCCCAAAUCAGAAUUUAUCACUGAAGAAUCUACUUAAACAUAUUUGUGGAAAGAAGAAACAAAAAUAAACGGUCAUAAUUUCAGCCUUGUGAUUUAGUUAUUGUCAUUGAAUAUUAUUUGAGGAAUAAGCACUAUAUCCUUGUUAAUCUGUGAAUAUCAGCUUCAUUUGAAGAAACUACCUUCCUAACUAACAAUCUCAAUUCCUUCCUGUUUCUUCAGGAAUUAAAUUCUAUUACAAAGGUGUGCUCCUUCCUAGAGUCUUAGGCAGUGUUUUGCCAUUCAAGUUACAGAUGAUGAUUAUUGUAGAGUGUUUUUCUAAUUAAUUUGAGCUCGAGUAGACAGUGUUAAAUUUGCUUCAAUAUAUAUUUGUGAUUUAACUUCAAAAAAUGCUGAUUUCAGUUUUUUGUUUCGUGGUGCACUUAUAAUGGCAAGACAUUUACCCACUUUUAGAAAUCAACAGCUGUUUUUGGGAGAAAUUUGGAAAGAUAGUGGAAAUGCUUGUAUAUUGAAUUGGCAUGUUUCAUUUUUGAGGCCACAAUAGUGUAAAUACGAUUAAACUUCAGACAAAGUAUCAUCAGGAUCAAGAGUCAGAAGGCUGAGGUGACAUUGCAUAAGACACUGCUUACUUUUACUAAUAUUGAUAAUACAUGUGCACUUAAAUUAGUAUAACUCCUGGCAGAGGCAAGUGGACUUCAUUUAAACACAAACGCCUAACAUGAAGAUUACUAAAGAUAUCAGUGUAAUUUCUGUAUAACAUGAGGCCAUGAUUUCCACUUGCCAGUCACGAUGGAUAAAGUACAGCAGCUCAACUACAAAUAAAUCAAUAAUCAACUUAAGAUAUAAAAUGUAGAAAUUAUCUCUUUAAAAAUCAUAUUUUGACCCUACAAUUUUUCACAAAGACAGUCUAGAAGCCAGCUGUACUUGGUUGUUUACCUGGCACAUGAUGAUUUGCAAAAUCCUCGAUUUUAAAAAGGAUCGUGAAGGAUUAUUAUUGAUAAAACUAUAAUCUUGUCCAAGAGCUUUCAAAUAAUUUUCUGCAGAUUUGUAGUAGUCUUUUAAUUUUUGUAAUAUUUUGCAUAUUUCACAUUGCACUUGAAGGCAGAAAGGAAGUGUACUUUACACUGAAGAAUGCAGGUUUUUAGAUGAUUGACCAUUUGAAUAUAUUGUAUUAGAGGUCAAAUUAUCAGGCUAAUGCUUCCUGGAUUACUAGCCAACCUGGUGAUUGUUGAUAAGGAACAGAGCUGCUGUGAGCUUGUGAUUAACUUAUUUAAUGUUGCACUAUUUAAAUAUACUUUUUUUAUAAAAACAUCUUUAACUGGAGACAAAGUCCUUCUACAAAUGUUUUUAUAACAAAAUAUGAUGGCUAAUCUUCUUUGUUGAAUGAACAAUUGACUAAGUAGUCUGUGUGCCUAAAUAACCUCAUCCCUAUACAUACUGAAGGAAUGUGUAUAUUGAAAUGCAGUUUAGAAUACUGAUUUACUAUUCCAAUUGCUGAUUUCUUAAUCUUAAUAAAAUUGAAAAGCUUUUUUGCUUUGCCUCUUCUUCAUUCACCUGUAUUCUGCUUUGUACUGCCAUUACUGUCACUCGGCUUUUUUUUUGGUAUCCUGCUGCACUAAUCUAAUAAAGUGAUGGAAUUUUGUUCUGUUUA